CACCCCUCCGUUGAGCGUUGUUCCUAUUUGCAUACCGUACCGUARCUGGUACCGUACCGUACCAUACCGGCAYCCCACGAGAAAGGCAACCCACCGAAACGRAACGAAACGAAACGCAAUCCCCGGAGUGCCAUUGAUACGUUCCGGUUCAUGGCGGGCACCGGAAGUCUCCACACCGACGAAACCAACAACAGCAGCAGGGACAACACCAGCAGCAACACCAGCARCRACAGCARCAGCAACGACAGCAACAGCUCCAASACCGGCAGCAAAAAGAACAAGAACAGCAGGACUCCGCGGAGCAACGCGGAAGGAUCUCCUACGAGCGAACGGCGAUUCCACAAGCACAAAAACCGUCRCARGCACAAGCACAAGCACARSSACAAGSACAAGGACAAACMRAGUCGCGGGAAGGCAAAACAAMGACCACCCUUCUCUCGCAACCGRAACGACGAACGAGACCGCAUCGCCGCCGCACAGCUCUCCGCGUCCGCCAUGUUCUGCCCGAUCCCGGCCUUUUGUCCCCCCCCCGGGAAGCCCCGCGAGGGUGCGGUUCCCCCAAAAGCACACGGGAGUUCKUUUCAGGAGUACCUCUCGCACGCACACGCCACAAGCCGGGAGGGGGAGUCCAAGGCCAAGGCCCCCGRGGCGGUCGCCGCCACCCCCGCCACGGUGUCCACGGAGGCCUCCCUCGGAAGCGGCUCGUUUUCCGGCUCGGUGGCGCCGCCUUCGAACGAGCCCGAAACAAAAACCACCGCCCCCUCGGGGGCCUCCCUCUCCCCUUUCCGUCCCCGGGCGAUCCGCUUCGAGGAAUCCAUGGCCAGGAUGGAAAAGGCCGCGUGCGACCUCCUGGCCGGGGAGGAAACCGAAACCGACGACGAGGAAACCGAAACCGACGAGGAAAAGGAGGACCUUCCCGGAAGGGCCGCACCGAUUUCUCCCGUGGGCCUGGUCUCGCUGGCCCUAGUUGUGGCCCUGGUGCAUUCGUGCUGCUUGGGGGGGGCUCUGGGAACGGGCCUUUCCUCGUCGCUGUUUUCGUCGUCGUCGCUGCCGCCGCUGCUUUCGUCGCUGGUGCCGGUUCCCCUUUUCGAGCCCGCGCCGUCUGUCGUGGUGGAACCACCGAACGCGAAAGAAACCGUGGCAUCAAACGCAAAGGCCAGGGCGAACGCAAACGCCAAGGCAAAAGCAAAAGCAACGCCAAAGGCAAAGGCAAAGGCAAAACAAGAGCAGCCCGAGGCAAAGACGACAGCCAACACAAAGGCCAAACCCAAGCCCGGCGAUGCGGUGGUUCGUUCGCGGCCUGCCAAUUCCAAGCAUAAUGCCAACGACAACGCCAACGACAACGCCAACGACAUCGCCCACAACUCCACCCUUUCGGUGCUGGACACCACCAAGAAAAUCCUCGCGGACGUGGCCGAGGCCGCGGCUACCGCUACGGCAACCGCCACCGCCACUGCCCACAACUCCACCUCGGCGGCCACCGCUUCCGUGCUCGACACCACCAAGAAAAUCCUCGCGGACGUGGCGGAGGCCACUGCAACCGCCACCGCCACUGCCCACAACUCCACCACGGCGGCCACCGCUUCCGUGCUCGACACCACCAAGAAAAUCCUCGCGGACGUGGCCGAGGCCGCGGCGACGGCGACGGCAGCGACCACCACCGUUUCGCAAGAGCUUYCCCACGGGGGAAAAGGGGCACCCUCGAGGGCCGCGGAGGGGCCGGCCCCUUUGGCCUCGGUGCUGGCCCUCCCCCCGUCCGCGGAGGUCUGGUCCUACCUGGUCGGGUCGCCGGAGGCAAGGGAAAAAGAACCCUUGGUCUUUUUUCCCCUGGCGGCCUCGGCCGGCGUCGUUCUCAAGAAUUUCCUCUCGAAAGCCGUCUUUUCCCUCGAGGCCGCCUCGGAGGCGGCGAAAAAGCACAGAUACUGGCGGGCCGAGCGGAGGGCCGCCUGGAGGAAGAAACUGGACCAGCGGCGAGAGCGGAAGCAAAGGAGCGGACGCCGCCGGGGGGCGGGCCGCUAGGAAGGUGCCCACCACCCGCAAAGCUCCACUGCCAUUCACACCGAGCACCAGGCGAUGGCAAGGCAGUGCAGCGCAUCGCGUCGCAGCGCAUCGCAUCGCCACAACCGAAACACCAGARAACCCGCAAUGGCUUGGUCACACACCCUUUGUUGAAAGGCACACGCACGGUCGUGGUUUUGCAACACCGGACGGGAAGGCAAAACGCCCCCGAAGGCACGCCACAGGCUGCCACGCCACGCCACACCACACCACGCCACGCGACACAUGCAUCGCACCCCGGGCACCGCACCGCAUUUCACACCCAGCCCCAAGCACCGUUGCUCCGAAAUCCGCCUGCGCGGUCGUUCCAUUCCAUUCCAUGCGCGAUUUCCACUUGUGCAUUCCAUCCAUUCCUUCCAUCCAUGCAUUGCGCAGGGACGUUGAGUCACACAAUCGUGCRAAACAAACCAAGCAACCAAAAGAAACAAUGCCACACUCACUCGUCACGGGAACACAUUUUGCGAAUACUAGAACUAAUACCAAUACUAAAACGAUCAACACUUU